UUUAAAGUGUGGGAAAACUGCGUUAUUUUCUGCAAUAUUUGUUUAAAUUGCGUGUGUGAAAGUUUGCGCAGUUUUCUAAAUGCCAGAUAAAACUUCCGGCUUUCCUUGCAGCUGUCCCUCAUAUCAUUUCCUUUCACUUUUCACAUUCUAAUUGGAGCAGCUAAUUUCCGGCAUUAAUGGCGGAAAACCUCGAAACCGUUGCCGAAAAAAAAAAGAAACAACAAGCCAAAGUCAAAACAAAAAUAACUCAACAACUCGUUAGGCCUGAGCGUUGCCCGGGACAACGUUCGAGCGGGCAAUCAAUAAAAAAGUAAACAAAAGUAAAAAAUGUGGAAAAACGAGGAAAAUGCUAUUGCAGGUGCGCAGGAAUUUGGGUUUACGAGCAGCGCAUUGACGUAUGGCAGCCGCCAAAAUAAAUAAUACCCGCGUAUUCGAUUUGGAAUGCAAAUAUAGAGAGUUUGUGCCAGUUUAGAGUUUGAACCAAAUCCCUGCCAAUGGGCCAGGCAGCAGGAUGACGCCCAAGAAAAAGCGACAGCGCGGCAAGAGUCGCGCCCAGGCGACAGUGAAACAACAACAUCAACAGCUGCUGGCUGCACUGGAGCUGACGGAUAGCUGCUGCGAUAUUUGCCACUGCGACUGCUACAGUUCGCACAGCAGCAGCAAUGUGAGCGGAGGCGCACAGUCGGCAACGGAACUGCAGCAGCUGGAGCACGAGAUACACGCCUUGGAGCAACUGCAGCGCAGCGAGAGCGUCCAGAGCGGCCAGCGGCGCGGGCAACGCAGCGCUACCAAAUCCCCAACCCAGGCAAAAGCCACGCACAAUCGACGCGGCUCCGCCGAGUGCCAGACGCGCGUCUCCACAGCCUCCGCCAGAGGCAGGCGCUCCAAGAGCGCGGGCAGUCAACGUAGUCAGUCCAGACAGGAUACGCCGGAGAAGCCGCACAAACAGCGAACGGGACGUGGGGGCGGGGUGCGUGAUUGCCAGAUGCUGCAGACUGUGUUUGGUUCACUCAACACGGUCGAUGCCACGACGCUGGCCAUCAGCGGCAGCAGCAGAUCCAAGUCGAAGUCGCAGGAGAACAUGGCGUUGGUGCCGCUGGCCCAGAACUUGGCACGCGGCAACUCCUUGUGCGCCUCCAUGGCCAAUUUGUGCCUGGCGCCAACGGUGCGCGCCGCCUACGCGCAGGUGCCCAGCCACGAUCAGAGGAUACUCAAUCGGAUGGCCGUGAAGCGCAGCGAACGGGCGGCGGACAAGGAGCACGCUUGGCUGGCGCGCAAAUACUGGGAGAACGAGCGGCUGGAGCGUCAGCUGCUCAAGUGCGAGCAGCUGGAGGAGUACAAGCGUGCCGUGCACGACAAACAGUUUCAGGAUUACCUGAUGACCAAGGCGCGCCUCCAGGCGCUGGCCGAGCGCGAUCUGGCCGAGCUGCGACGCCUGCGCGGCGCAUUGGACGCCAAAGAUGCGGCGGCCAAGCAGCGCUUGGAUGCGAUGCGGUUGGAGCGUGACCUGACGCUUUGCCAGCGCCGCUAUGAGGAAUCGCGACGCAACGACGCCGUCAAUCUGCAGCAGGAGGAGCAACAGCUGGAUGCGACACUGCGCAAGCGUGACACUUGCAUGCGGCUCACACAACGGCUGCGCCGGGCGGAUGAGCUGCGCGCCCAGCUGCUGGAGGGCUAUCUGAAGCGGCUGCAGCACGACAAUCAAGUGGAGCAGCUGCAUCAUGAGGAGCACUGGCGCGAGCGCCAGCAAUUGGAGCGUCUGAAGCGUGAGCAGCUGCAGCAUGACAUCCAAAGGAAACGCCAGCAAUCGCAGCGCUUUGUGGACACUCGACAGCGGCGACACGAGGCACGCUUCCGCACGGCCAAGAUCUCGGCCAGCCUCAGGGAGCUCGUCCGGCAGUCCGUCACACCCGAAUCGGCUCUGGACCAGCAUUCGAACAGCUUCUAUGCCCAGCAGCAGUCACAGCUGGGUCGCCUGCUCUUCCAGAAGGAUUUUGCUAAAUAGUUCCCCAAGGCGUUUUCAAAUAUGCAAUUGUUGUUAUUAUGUAAAUAAAAUAAGAGUGUAAUAUUUAAAAAUUGCGUUAAAUC